GUAUGAUAUGUUUUUUUAUACAAUGUUGUACGUAGUAGCUUUUAUGGCCAAAUUGAAACAACCAAUUGUUUGUGCCUUGUGGAUAGUAAACAACUUAUCAACGACAACAAAGUAGGCAAAAUUCUAAAAUGGCCUCCAAUUUUUUUAAUACCAAAUUACGUUUAAAAUGAUCAAUAUUAUGAAACAAUGGCCUGUAUAUUACUAUUAGACUAUUCAAUCCCAAAAGUAUAACCUUUUUUCUAUUUCCCUAAAAUAUGACAAUUGUUAUUAAAACAUACGGACCAUCUAAGAAAGAGCACAUCUCCAUAUCUCCUUCGUAUCAUCUGUUUCGCAUCAUCUGCUUCUUAUCAUGUGGAGAUCUAAAACACAGAUCCGACAUCAUCAUUCCUGUGAAUGGCAUCUGCUUCGCAUCAUCUUCUCGGAAGGGGAGCUCGGAAGACCUCCCAUGGCAUCAUCGUCGGCCGUCUCCUUCCGUUUCCAUCUCCCUACCCACACCAAUCCUCUUCUCCUUCUUCAAUUUCUUUCCAAUCGUGGGAAGUCUAUCGAAGGGACAUUUACCUAAUCGAUGGGGCGAAGAGACGAUUUUGAGAUCUAGAUCUGGGAUGGCGGCCAGAGGCGGACCCACUAAGGGUCCCACGGGGUCCCGGGACCCCGUCGACUUCGAAAAAAUUACCUAUAUAUUAUAUAUAUUUUAUAUAAAUUAAUUGGGAAAUGUAUAUAUACAAUAAAAACGACCCUAGAAGCAAGAGGCCGUUGCAGUAGAAUGGAGUAAUCGUAGGUUUUAGGCUUUCUAUUUCACGUGAGGUCCCAAGUUCGAUCCCCCCUAGAUACGGAGUACAUCUUUUGUUUUUUUAAAACGAUUUUAAUUAAAUAAGACAAAAAUGACAUGGUUUUGGCACUUUUUUUAAUCCCUU